GGGCCGUUUCUGUGCGGUGAGUCAGCGCCGCCGCUUCAGUGUUUGCGCUGCCGUUCGUCGUUCGUCUGCGCCCGUCGCCGUCAGGUUUUUUUUUUUUUUCAAAUUUCGGUAUUAUUAUUUUUUUUUUUUGUGAUUGUCCGUCCGUUUCAAAGCCCCCGCGAAAUGGCCGACGACCCGAAAUCACAGGGAGCCGCCUCCGGGGACCACGCGAACGCGGUCGUCGAGAAAACCGGGGGGGUCCCCGCAACGAUUCCGAACGACGAGAACGCCGACGCGGACGGCCCGCCGGUGGUCGAAAACAGCCUCACAGUUUUCCAGGCCAUCUCCAAAGUGGCGCAGAGCCUGGUCACCACGGCCAUCACGUACGCGCUCGGCUAUUGGCGCAUAGCGGCCGUCAGUACGUGGGUGCUGUUGCCCUUAAUGGCCUGUGUGUCGGUGGUCCGAGACCGGUGGCGCGAAACCGGACAGCUCAGGCGCCGCCGUAGGCAGCUGGCGGCCAUCGCCGACGAGAAGAACCUGGUCACUGCCAACGUGUCCGAACUACCGUCCUGGGUGUUCUUCCCGGACAUCCACCGAGCGGAGUGGCUCAACCAGGUCAGCCCCCCCUCCCCGGCUCAUAUACCCUAAAUCAGCGGUUCUCAACCGUUUUAAUUCCCAUUAGAGAAGUGGGUAAUACAAAUGUAGAAAAUUUGCAUAUUUUACCACUUGUAACAAUGUCCCAUUAAUAGACAAUUAUGAUUAGGUUAUGGAAAAUCUUUGACCGGUCACUAAAAAAUGAUUAAGUAGGUAUACCUAUGUAAAAUAAACAUUUAUUACAAUACUCAUUUAUUGUACAAUAAGUCAAAUUAAACAUUCAUUUAUUUAUACCUAGGUAAUAAUUUAAAUUUUUUCCUCAAAAAGAGCUCAGCUUACCACCGGUUGAGAACCACUGCCGUAGAUCGUUACGGUACCAUAAUCAACAAUUAUUCACCUUACCUAAUUUUACCACAAUCAUCUAUUCAGAUAAUCAAGCAAAUGUGGCCGUUGGUCACUGUAUACGCUCAAAACACCAUCAAAGUAACAUUGGAACCCAUGGUCAUUGAAAGUUUGCGUGAAUACAAAAUCAACAGUUUUUCAUUUGACAAGUUGCGAUUAGGAUCGAUAGUGAGUAACACUCAAUCCUGCCCUUAUAUUUAUUAAUAUUAUACUUAUCAAUAUUGUAAUUGUCAUAACAGCCACCAAAAAUUGGAGGUGUAAAAGUAUAUGAUAAAGUAUCACGCGAUCAAAUAAUGUUGGACAUCGACCUCAUGUGAGUUAUAGUUAAGUUUACCUUACAUUUUUUUCAUUUAUAAAGAAAACCUUGUUCUUUGACGUUAUAGAUUUGCCAGCGAUUGUGAUAUAUCAUUCUAUGUAAGCGGAAUCCCUUGUGGCAUCAAAGACUUCCAAGUAAUACUAAAACAUUCAUUUUUUUUCAAGAUACAAAACAAUCAUUAUUAUAAUAUUUUGAAAUUUGAUGUAGAUGCGUGGUAUGAUGAGAGUAGUGAUGAAACCAUUGAUUACCAUUUCACCCCUGGUCGGAGGACUGCAGGUAUUUUUCCUAAAUCAACCCGAAAUUGAUUAUAAUUUGGUGGGUGUAGCUGAUGUACUAGAGAUGCCCGGUCUCAAGUAAUUUUGUUACAUGAUAAUUUCAAAUAUUGUGUUUAUUUAAAUUUUUUCUUUUCGUUUCAGCGAUAUUUUACAAAAAGUUAUUUCUCAACAAGUAGCUGCUCUGAUGGUUUUGCCUAAUAAACUGCCCAUCGUCUUGAGCAAAGAUGUACCCACACACGUUGUGAAGUUACCAGAACCAGAGGUAACUAUAAUAAUAUAAUAUUUUGAUAAUUAGGAAAUGGAUUUAUGUGUAUUUAAAAUCCACAAAAAUGCAUGUAUCAUGUUUUAAUUUUGGACAAUUUUAUUUAAUAGGGUUAGAGUCGUUAGAAGGAAGAAUUUUAAACCCUUCUACCACUUACUUUUUUAAAUAUUUUUUCAUGACUUGAAGAUUUCAAGCUUUUUUUACGGAAUUUAAAUGCAUAUAAAUCUCUUAAUAAUUCAGUUAUAAUUAAUAUAUUGCUUUGGCAUUUACAUAAAAUGCCUAUAAUUUAAAUUUUUUAUCAACUGUAAAUACUGAUGACAAAUGGUUAUUUAAAGCAAAAAAAACAGUAUUUGUUUUGAAUUAUCCAUUAGUACAAUUAAUGUUGGUCAAUAUUGAUAAAUAUUAAAUACACAUAAUAGGCGUUUAAUAUACAAAAAUUCCCACGGGAAGGUCUUUCAAUGGUGAAUAAAUGAAAAUAUUUUAUCAUAACUAAUGGACAUAAUAUUUUUUUUUUGUUAUAAUGAACCCAAUUUGAUAGAAAAAAAAUAGAUGCAAAAUAAAAAGAAGAUAAAGGUUUAAAAAAAUACAGUAUUAAGUAAACACAUACAAUAUUUUCAGAAAAAUUACAAAAGUAUUUUAAAAAUCUUACUCUACCAAUAAAAAAAUCACUCAUAUUUUCAAUAAUUGUAUACCUAAUAUUGUUUUAGGGUGUCCUACGUGUACAUAUUGUUCAGGCAAAGAAUUUAGUGGCCAAAGACAUGAGCUUGAUAAGAAAAGGAAAAUCAGAUCCGUAUGUCACUAUCACACUGGGUGCACAACAAUAUAAAACACCCACUAUAAAUAACGAACUGAAUCCUAAGUGGGAUUAUUGGUGUGAGGUAAUAUAAUAUAUUUAAAUUUUUUGUUUGAUUCAUAUAUAGCAUUUUUACUUUGAUCUUUAUAAUUAUUUUUUCUGUAAUUAUAGUUUGCAUCUUUCUCACCUAGAGGUCAAGUGUUAAAGCUCAAGCUUUAUGAUGAAGACGAAAUGGUUGGUAAAAAACAUUCAAAUUUAGGAAGGUGAGUAAACAGUAUCAAAAUAUAUUUGUACAUAUUUUCAUGACAAUUCUCUAUCCUGUAGAGCUACAUUACAAAUUAACAGUGUAGUCAGAAAUGGAGAUUUUGACAAGGUAUGUAAAUAUAAAAUAAUUUUAAUAACUAUAAGUCUUGAGUAAUAUAUUAUAUUUCUUAAAAACAUACUUUAGUGGAUUAACUUGGAAGAUACCAAACACGGAAUGAUCCAAGUUCGCAUGCUUUGGUUAGAACCGACAUUGGAUAAAAAUGCAUUAAAAAUGGUAAUAAUGAAAUUUUAAAUUUCUAAAGAAUAUUUCAUUAAGAACGCUGAGUUUUAUUUUGUUAUAACUUUAUUAUAAAAAAGGACGGACAUACUUUGUGCAUGGGUGCAGCCACUGUUGUAAGUGGAAAGUGGGAAAGUAGGAUACAGACAAUAAUUUAAUUUAUACCUGUAAGCAACAAUAAAUCAUUGCUAACGAGAAAACGAUUCUGAGCAGAGUUCAAUUGAUAGUGUUGCUUUAUCAACAAUAUACAUAUCAUAUUAUAGUAAAAUGAUUAUGACAAUGUGUGUUUCCAUGACAACAAUGAUUGUUUAAAAAAUAUUAAAAUAAUAAAAACUUAAUAGUAACAAAAAAUAAAAUACUGUAAAAAAUAAAUACUGUUGCCAAUGACAACUUUUUUUUAACCUAAAGAACCAGGUUUUUCUCAUUAUCUCGAAUAUUAAUGAGAAUUUCAAAAAAUGACCUCUCUUACCACGUAAUCUUUGUGAAACCAAUACAUUCUUCACUAAGUUCAGAAUCUAAAAUUAUUUUUAAAAAAAAGUUAUUUAAACAAGUAGUAUAGAUAUAUUCUCUAAUUUUUGUAAAGAAUAUAACAUUGGACUUAAUAUGGUUAUCAUUACACUGGAAAUCCAGUUCUAGUAACAAAAUUUGCUAUUGUUCUUUGACACAUUCGUUUCAAGUUCUCUAAUGAUGCGACCAACUGAGAUAUGGUUACAAUGUUCUUAUGGCGCGCUUUACAUGAUAUUGACCUUGAGUAUACAUGGUUCCAGCAUGAUGGUGCCACUUACCAUACUGCUCAUGCAACAAUCAUGUUUCGCUAUAAAAUUUAAGGGCUGAUUUCUUUCACUAAGUGGCGACCAGAACUAGUCUCCCGGAUUGUGUCCACUAGACAUCUUUCUGCGGAGAUAUGUUUAAGUUCAUAUUUAUAGAAAUAAACUACGAAUCACAAAAGAAAUUCUUUGAAUUCAUUGAAGAGAUGUGACAACGAGUAGUUACCAAAUUAGUGAUCAGAAACUAUGCUUACUAGCAUAACCAAGGAGAACAUAUGUCAAAUAUUAUAUUUCAUCUAUAAAUCGAAAAAUGUAUACUAUUAUUUACAUAAUUUUAUUGUUCAAAACAAUUAGUUACAAUAAAGUUAUAACAAGAUUAAAUUUGGCAUUCUAAAUGAAACACUUUAUUGAUAACAUACUAUUUUUUAUAUUAAAAAAAAAUAUUUUACUGUUUAGGCUUUGAUCGAAACCCAAGAACUGCGAGUAACUAACAUGAGUUCAGCUGUGGUAAUGGUGUAUAUAGAUUCAGCCAUUAAUUUACCGGUAUGUAAACAUAAACUUUUAUAAUAAAAUGCUAAUGCUCUAUUAUUAUACACUAACUAAUGUUAAAUAUUAUUAUAGAAUGCUCGAGCUCAAAGUAAACCCGAUCCAUUGGUACGUGUAACAGUCGGUCAAGUUACUCAAAUGACUGUGGGAAAAUUGCGCACUGAACGACCCGUCUACGAACAAGGAUUUACAUUUUUAGUGAAUAACCCCGAAACAGAUACCAUUGAAUUUAAAGUAUAUUUAGUUUUCAUCAAAUAAUUUUUGUAUAAAUUGAAAAAAUAUUUAUUUGUAUUUAGGUUAUAGAUCAAAAAACCAGCACUCAAUUAGGCUUAUAUAUAUAUGAGUUAUCAGCAUUAAUGCUUGCCGAGAAAAUGCAAGUGGAUCCUCAACCUUACGAUCUGAUUAUUGACAGUAAGAAUCAACAUCAUGAAAGUAAACUAGUAUUUUGUUUGCAACUUAAGGUGUGUGUUUGUAUAUAAUAUUAUUCAUGUUAUAAUAUUAAAUUGAUAAUGUAUACAUUUUUUUUUCUUACUAUGUAGUUCCUGAAAAGAAUGCCCAAAUUGAUAGAUAUCAAUGAUAGUGCAAACACUGCAGUCAAACCAUUGUCAAGGCAAGCUUCCGUACAAUCUAACAAGUCGGUUAAUAGUACAUUAACAGCAACUGAGGUGUCUGAUGAUGUUCAAUCGUCUGUUGCUGGUGUUAAAACACCUACCGACAACAGUAUGAGUAGGACACCGUCAGUCAAAUCAAUUAAAAGGGAUUCAAUGAUUUCGCAUAGUUCUGCCGGUGGUGGCAUUAAUGAUCAAGAACCUCUUAUCGAGCAAACUGAACUAACUGAAUUACUGUCUGAUCUGUGAGAGAAUUGUUCGUUAAAAUGUAUAUUUAUUGGUUUUUACCAAAUUUUUUUUUUUAAACAGACCAGAACCAGCUCCUGGCACUGGACCUUUAGGUAGCAUUCAAUUGACCUUGGCAUUCAGUGUGUCUAGGCAACGUCUCAAUGUCACCAUUCACAAAGUCGUGUAAGAUAAUAAAAUAUACAUCACAUUUAAUUUUAAAAAUUCGGUUAAAUCUCAAGUAUAAUAUCUUGAAUAUAGAUUAUUGAUUUUUUAUAUUUAUAUAUAUAUUAAAAAAAAAAAACAGAUUUUCUAACAAAACAAUUUAUCUAGAAAGUAAAGGGAAUCAAAUUAAAGUUUCAAUAUUGAAUUUAUUAUUCAAUUUAAAUUUUGACAAAAAUGGUUUAUAAUAAAAUUAAAAUAACUCAUUAUGUUAAAAAUUUACCAUCCUAUUCCUAACAUUAUGCAUUAUUUUUAGAAACAUACCAAUUAAACAAGCUUCAGACAUACCCGAUCCAUAUGUCAAACUGUAUGUGUUACCUAAAAAAGAGAAUAGCAAUACCAAACGUAAAACCGAAGUAAGGACUUACUAAAAACUAAGGAAAUGUUGUGAAUUUAUAUUUUUUAUUUUUGUUAUUUGUAGACUUACAAAGAUAAUUGUAACCCAGUAUAUGAAGAAACUUUCGAGUACAUUAUGAGCUUGGCAGAAUUAAACAGUAAGCAAUUGGAGGUCACAGUAUUAACAAAGAAGACAUGGCACAGUCCUGUUUUGGGUCAAGUAAUAUUGAACUUAAGUGACUACGUCAACAUUAACACCCCCAAUUACACAGGUUGGUUUGAUCUACUAACUGAAAUUAAAGAUGGCACUGUCAACUAAUUUUAUUACUAAAGGCUUUUGAUUUUUUUUAUUUUAAUGUACAAGUCCAUUCAACAUGGUGCUUAAUUAUUACUUCAUAAAUAUUUAUUUUUGAAAAUUAUUGUUUCCAUAAUUUGUUUUCCUUUGUUAAAUUAAUGUUUUAUUUUUUGUAUUCUUAUUGUUAUUUAAAUUUUUUUUUUAUUAUGUAUUCCCUUAAAUUAAUUUUAAAACAAUUCCGUCAUACUAAAAAAGUAUUACAAAUUAUUAUUGUUUUUUAACUGCGUGAUGAUCAAAUUUUAUAGUUGCGCUUAUAUUUCAAUUUUUACCCUUGUAAUUAUAUUAUUAUUUUGUUAUAGAAUAUUGUGUAUAACUAUUUUUGAAAUCACAUUUUAACAUAUUGAUUUGAAAUAGACAAAAAUGUUGACAUUUCUUUAUUUCAUUAUCAUUCAAUAAAACUAUUUGAUCAGAUACAGAUGAAUAUAGUACUGCUGUAUUACUGAAACAACUUCUAUGCAAAAAUUAAGAGGAAAAAUGUUUUAGGUGCAAACUUAAUGUUAUUAUUGCAAGAUUAAUCCACCAUGAGUCACAUCAUGGUUUUUUCGACCGAAUGUUUAUUAUUUAAUAAUUUUUCAUUGAGAGUAAUUUACUUUCGUGCAAUUUGAUAUCUUUAAUGUACAUGUUAUUUUUUAUAACUAUUUAGAACAUUUAAUUAUUGUUUAUUGAAUUUAUAGAAUUUUUAAAAUAUCUAACCUGUCAAAAAAAACGUGUGAAACUAAACUUGUAUCAAUAGUUAUAUAUUUUCAUUAGCAUCAAAUUUUGAAUGAAAAAACCAACACUAACAAUUAUCCAGUCACUGAUCUUUAAUUUCUUCAAAUAAUUUAUCUAAGGUUACAAUAUUUUCUUUAGUUUUAUAUGAAUCAUGUUAAUCACAGUCAAUAUUUUUAAUAAUUAAUUUCGCUUAAAGUUUUAGUAUAAUAGUUCCAUCAAUACCAACUUUUAUGGUAAAAUAUAGUAAAUAAAUGAAGUAUAGUUUUUGUAAAUCAUUAAUAAAUGCAUUUGUAUGUUUAAAAAAAUACAAGAUAAAAGUAAACAGUCAAAAAGACCUUGUUACAAAUAAUGAUGACUCAUGACAGGUUAAAAAGAAAUAAAGAAAUCCUUAAAAUUAAUUAUAGAUUUCAUUUGAACCAAAUUGUGCUCCAAUUUUUAAUAUUAAGAAUGAAUAAUUGACAUAUAAAUAAAUUAAUAAUUUAGCAUAAUUAGCAUAAUAAAUUAUGCUAGCUAAUUAUCAAGGGAAUAAAUCAAUAAUACUAAUAUUUAAUGAAAAUCUAAUAUCAGUACUGCACAAAUAGUACUACGGAAAAAUUAAAAAAAAUAAAAAUUGUGUUUUGUAAAAAUCAGUGUAUUAUAUUACAUAAAUAAACAAUACACAGAAAUAAUAAGAAAAAUAGUUUAAUCUUCUUCUUCUUCACCAGCGUUGCCAUCAUCCUUGGCGUUCUUGGCUUUCCUUAAGUUCUUCCUCUUUACACGUCCAGGACGGCCACCACCGAAUGGUGAUUUCAAGGAGAAGUCAAUAUGUUUCUGGGAAUCCAGACGAACAAUGAAAGAUGGUACAUUCACUACUUGUUUACGUACGCUAUAUAUAAAAAUCAAUAAAAUAAUAAACAAACCAAAAUUCUCCAAAAAACAAAAUAUAAUCCUUUUAUAGCAUAAUAUAAAUACACUUGCAUACCAUUAUUAUAUGUAGUAUUAUUUUUCGGUCUUAAGAAUGCAAUAUAGGGAUCAAUAACACAAUCUCACAAGGAGUUGUGAAUCAGACGUUAAAAUGACAUUAUAAAUAAUGAACAUUUUAAGUGGCCUGUUUAAAAAUAAAAUUGUACUCUAUGCUGAUAUCAAGGGACAGCACAUUUUUCAUCUAAUUAAGAAAAGCCACAUAUACAUAGUUAGUUAAUAAUCAACCCAGUAUACUAGUUUAACCUUAUGUAUUGUAAAUUAUGUCGCUUUGUCAUGAAAAAAACAGAAGAUAUACAUUCUGACCUUUGAUUAACCAAAGCCUAUUAAUAUAGCCUUAUUACGAUUAGGACUUGUUCAUACAAAUUUAGGAACAUCCUUGCCCAAGAAUAAUAGGCAUGGUUAUUUAUCAUUUAUCGGGUAGUUGAAUUUGUAUAAAUAUAAAGUAACAAUAAUGUAGCUUUGCCAUGAAAAAGACAGAAGAUAUUUCAUUCCGACCUUUGAUUAACCAAAGUCUAAAUAAUAUAGCCUUAUUACGAUUAGGACUUGUUCAUACAAAUUUAAGAACAUCCUUGCCCAAGAAUAAUAGGCACAUACGAACACUAAAUUUAUUGUAAUAUUUAUAGAAAAUUGAUUUUAAAUCUUUAAAAAUUAAUAUAGCAUUGCCAUGAAAAAGAUCAAAAAACAUUUAUUUGAUCUUGGAUUAACUCAAUGCUCUAAAAUAAUAUAGCCAAAUUGUGAUUAGGAACAGCUUGGUAAAUAUUAUCCAGUAUCCUUGCCCAAAACAAUUGGCAUUCUCAUAUUAUAAAACUGAAUUAUUUAAUUCAAUUAAUAUUAAUUUACACUCAUACCGAAUGUGUCUUUGACGAAUUAAAACUCGCGCAUGAUGAAUUGAUUUGGCCAAUCCCAAUUUGAAUACCUAA